AUGUCAAUAACUUUGCCCGUGACUGUGACUCACAACGACUUCAUCUUUGUGGUGGCGAGGCGGACAUGGGAUGAGGUGUUCCUUCCCGUUUCAAUCUCUAUUUUCGGUGUGGUAGUCGUUUUCUGUUUUGUCCUUUUUUUUUUUUUGCCGUGGAUUAUUGGUGAGUGUGGACUUUGGUUGUCUCUUGUGGGCAUUGCGUUUUGCUGUUGCCCUUUUGUUACGCUGUUUGUGGUGCACCGCCACAUUGCUUGGCGAAUCGGAGGACCGGAUCUUGUUGGGUACCGUGACAAGACAGAGUUCUGCUGCAUCUUACGUGAUGCGGUGCAUGCCUUUAUGGGCGUGGUUAUUGCACGGAGUAUCGAUCUGCUGGACACCGAGGGUCUUGAGAUGAAGGGAAAAGAACGGAAGUGGUUUAUUAUUGAUCUGUGGCCUCCUGACAAGGGCGACGUUGCUCUUUUCCUCAUAGCGUACUGCCUGCGUCUGGCGCACGCCUGCAAAAAGUGCGCGGUUGCUCGUGUGGUCUCCGUGUAA